GCUGGCCAUCUUUGGCACCUUUGGGAGCUCCUGCUGUUCUGCUGCAGAGGCACUGACGUUGUUAGGUGCUUUGUCAUCCUGCGAUCUGGUCCCAGAGGCACGCGUAGGGGCCCGGGAUACUAUAGAAGCGAGGAGAUGGAGCCGAUAACGUUUGAUGAUGUGGCCAUUAUUUUUUCUCCAGAGGAGUGGGAAUGUCUGGACUCUGCUCAGCGGGACUUAUACAGGGAUGUAAUGGUGGAGAAUUGCAGAAACCUGCUGUCUGUGGAGGCAUCCCGUCAUGGUACCAAAGGCUUUUCAUCAAAGAAGGACAUGAAGCGUUCCUUCCAAGAAGAGUUAAGCAGAAGACUCAGCAAGUGUGGCGCUGACAUUUUCCAUCCGAGGAAACAGUGGGAGAGUGAGAGGAAGACGGAAAGUCAAAAAGUGCUGUGCAGUGGACCGUGUGUGACAGCUAACAGUGGUACAGAGAAAAGUGUCUCUGCCAACAGAGAUCAAGGACAGAAAAUAUCUCAGAAAAGGUCUCACAUGGUGGCAGUGACUCACAAAGAGCCCCACCUUUCAGUCAGCAAACAUUCCCAGUCACAUUUGAAACUUACCUCUCCUCUGAAAGGAAAGCAGCAAUGUCUGAAAGGGAGCCGACUCCACGACACGACCAGUAAGGUGAUCGAUUUAAAAAGGAGCACUGGAUUGAACUCCUCCUCAAACAUUGCUGUAGCUAGAUUAGAAUAUAAACAUAUUUCUAAAUGUGAUCAGUUAGAGAGCUCUUUUACAAAAAAGCCAUCGUUUUGUAGUAAACAAACAACUUGUGUCAAACUACACAGUGUCAAUGAAUGUGGGCAGAAGCUUUCUCAUCCCUCACUCUUAAAUAAAAAAAAAGGCACAACGAUUCGGGACGCAGAGAGGGGAGCAGAGAGUGUGUGUGAUGAGACUUCUCAGACCGUUCGCCAGAGCGGUAUCCUGAAUAACUCCCAGGAUUCCUCUACUGGAGAGAAAACUUAUGAAUGUACCAAGACACACAAAAACUUCAGCGGUGGUUCAGAUCAUGGUAAGCAGGUUCCUUCUCCAGAGAAUGUUUUUAGAGGGAACAAAUGUGGGGAUGUCAUUCAUCAGAGCUUAAAAGAUCUUCAGAGUUCCCACCUUCAAGAUGAGGCUUACAAGUGUGAGGAAUGUGUCCUGACUUUUCGUCAAAAAUCAGAUCUCCGAGAACACCAGAAAACUCAUGGGAGAGCCAAAUCCUACAAAUGUGGAGAGUGUGGUAAAGCUUUUAGCAGUUGUUCAGGCCUUAAUGUACACCAGAGAAGUCAUAAUGGAGAGAAUCCCCGUGAAUGUAAAGAGUGUGGCAAAGUCUUCGCUAGUGGUAGAGGUUUAGCUUGCCACCAAAACUCUCAUACAGGAAAGAAAUCUUAUGACUGUGAAGAGUGUGGCAAAACCUUUAAGAAGAGUUCAAACCUUAUACAACAUCUAAGGAUUCACACUGGAGAGAAACCUUACAAAUGUGAGGACUGUGGCCUAGCUUUUAAUCAAACCUCCCAUCUUGCUAAGCACCAGAGAAUUUACGAUGGAGAAUGUGGUAGAUCCUUUGUCAAGUGUUCCACCAGCAGACGUUGUCAUAGCAUUCAUCCUGGAUCGAAGCCCCACAAGUGCAAGCAGUGUGGGAAAACCUUCGCUGAUAUUUCAAAGCUUACUCAACACCAAAACGUCCACACUGGCGAGAAACCGUUCAAGUGUAACGAGUGCGGCAAAGCCUUUAACAGUGGGUUAAGCCUGAAAUAUCACCACACUGGAGUUCACACUGGAGAGAAGCCCUACAAGUGUAAAGAGUGUGAGAAAGCCUUCACGCAGAUUGCAAAGCUUACAGAGCACCAGCGAGUUCAUACUGGAGAGAAGCCCUAUGAGUGCAAGGAAUGUGGCAAAGCCUUUCGCAAUUUUUCAGCGUUCAAUUACCACCAUAGAACUCAUACAGGAGAGAAGCCCUACGAGUGCAAGGAAUGUGGCAAAGCUUUUACCAAAAGUUCAGAUCUCAAAAGACAUCACAGAAUUCACAGUGGAGAGAAACCUUACAAAUGUAACGAGUGUGGCAAAGCCUUUGCCAUGAACGCAAGUCUGAGAGAGCAUCAGAGGGUGCAUACUAAAGAGAAACCCUACAAAUGUGAUCAGUGCAGCAAAGCCUUCAACCACUACUCACACCUCACACUGCACCAGAGACUUCACACUGGAGAGAAGCCCUACACGUGUGAAGCCUGCGGCAAAGCCUUUUCCAGGUGGUCAGGCCUCAGAUAUCAUAAAAGAACUCAUACUGAAGAGAAGAAGUGUUCCUAAUGCAAAGACUAUGGCAAGCUGUGUGUGUGUGUGCACAUAGGUGGACACAUGUGACCAUGUGUGGAAGGCUGAGGUUAAUAUUGAAUUCCUCCAUUGCUCUACCUUCUUGUUUUUUUAAAAAUUACAUUAAGUGCCAGGCAGUGGUGGCACACACCUUUCAUCCCAGCACUCGGGAGACAGAGGCAGGCAGAUUUCUGAGUUCGAGGCCAGCCUGGUCUACAAAGUGAGUUCCAGGACAGCCAGGGCGACACAGAGAAACCCUGUCUCGACAAAAACCAAAAAAGAAAAAAAAAUUACGUUAAGCAUGUUGCUUUGUGUGUUCAUGUGUAUGUAUGUGCAUGCAUGUGUCAUAGUUGGGGGGGGGUUGGUUACGUCCUUCCAUGUGGUCUUGGGGAUCUAACUCAGGAGGUCACAGGAGGUCACAGUUCCUUUACCUGCUGAGCCAUUUUACUGACCUCACCUUAUUUUUUGAUACAAAGUUUAAUUUUUUUUAAAAGGAUGUAUUUUAUGUGUAUAAUGUAUGAAUGUCUGUGCAUCACAUACUGCCCACAGAAGCCAGAAGAGGGCAUCAGAUUCCCUGGCAGUGGAGUUACAGGCAGUUCUUAGAGCCAGUUGGUUGCCGGAAGCAAACCCAUGUCUUCUGCAAGAGCGAGUGUGUUCUAAGCCAACUCUCCAGUCUUGUCUUCAGACAUUUUUAAAUAAAUAACUUAUUUAUAUACUUAUUUAUUUGUGUAAGCACACAUGUCUGUGCUCAGAGUUAGAGGACGACUUGCAGGAGUUAGUUCUUUACCUGGUUGGUCCCAGGGAUUGGACUUAGGUCAUUUGGCAUGAUGGCAGGCAUCUCACAAGUUCUGAGAUAAGCUUUCUCAAUGAACCUGGAGUUCAUUGACUGGGACCAGCAAGCCUUCAUAAUAUUAAUUGUCUAUACCUCCAGAGCUAGAGUUAUAAAGUUGUGCUGUCAUGCCUAACUUGUAUUUAUUUAUCUUGUAUUUAUUUAUUUAUUUAUUUAUUUAUUUAUUUAUUUAUUUAUUUAUGAUGAUUUGAGACAGGUUUUCUGUAACUCUGGGUAUCCUAGGACUCACCAUGUAGACCAGGUUGGCCUUGAAUCACAGAGAUCCACCUGCCUCUGCCUCCCGAGUUCUGGAAUUGAAAGCGUGUGCCACCAUGCCUGGCCUAUGCCCAGUUUUAGGUGUAGGGGAAGGGAUUUGGAUUUGGGUCUUUAUGUUUGAAUAGCAUCUGCUAUCUCCAUUGAGCCAUCUCCUCAGCCUGCAUGGUGAGUUUUUUUUUUUUUUUUGCUUUUUAAAUUAAUUUUAUUUAUGUGUAUGGAGGUUUUGUUUGUGCACAUAUCUGUACAUUACAUGUGUGCCUGAUCCAUUCCCUGCGGAGACCAGAAGAGGGUGUCAAAUCUCCUGGACUGGAUUGCACACAGCUAUCAGCUGCUAUUUGGUUGCUGGCUGCCAACUGAUUAGUCAUUUCUCCUGUCCUGUGGCAACAGUUUUAUUCAGAUAUCAAACAUUGUUUAAUAAAUAAUUCAUGCUGGAUAUAUUAUACAUGUAAUGAAUGUGGGAGACCCUUGUCUAAAAUAUACAUCUUAGAAAAUAGUAAAAA